AUGGCGCCCACUGCCAAGCCCUCCUAUAGCAUCGAUACGGGCAAGAGGCCGUACAUGUAUGUCCAGGAGAUAUCUCAGAUGAUGUUCGUGUUCGGCGAAGUGCAAGACCCAUUACCCGAGACUGUCAAUCUGGUAGAAGAUAUCGUGCAUAGCCAGCUCAUAGAACUUAUCAUCCAAGCCCGUCAACUCGCCACCCGACGCGGCGCGCGUUACCUCUCCGUUGAGGACCUCAUAUUCUUAAUCCGCCACGACCGCGCCAAAGUGAACCGUCUGCGCACAUAUCUCUCAUGGAAGGAUGUCCGUAAACACGCGAAGGAUUCCGGUGGUGACGCUGGUGCAGGUGUAGACGUUGAGAUCGACGAAGGUGCCGACGACAAGCCUGCACCUACGGCUCAGAAGAUCACGAUCAAGCUGCCCUGGGAGAUUACGACUGUAUACAGCGAGGUUCUGAGGCUUGCGGGGCAUCAAAGCGACGAUGAAGAAGACGAGGACGACUUGGAGGCACAGGAAGCAUCGCUCGAGCGGUUGAAGGAGGCGGACGAUGUCACGAAGCAGAUGACGCGCGAGGAGUACCAGCAUUACUCGGACUGUCGACAAGCAUCUUUCUCAUACCGCAAAGCGAAGCGCUUCGCGGAGUAUCUCGCUCUUCCCACCCACCUCGCCCUUCGGCCUGGAGACGAUACUGUGGAUAUCGUAGGAUUCCUGGCCUUCGAGAUGGUUCGCUCCUUGACGGUUGCCGCGCUUGACGUGAAGCGAAGCUUGGAAGAAGUGCACGUGGCCGCACCUGUACACGCCUCGCCGAUGGCGCAGAAGCGCAAGCUCGCACAUCCUCACCACGAGCCACCCAACAAACGUUUCCGCCGUGCCGCGAGCCCGGAUGACGACGAUCCCUCAGAGACGGUGCUGCCGCAGAGUAGCCUGUUUCUGCCACCACCAGAGGCACGGACUGCGCUGAGGCCGGAGCACAUCCAGGACGCGUUCGCGCGGAUGCAGGGAGAGUGGAGUCAGCGGAGGACGGCUGGGAUGCGCCACUGGCGCGGUGGACUCGUACGGACCAACAUUUCUCUCAUCUAG